CCUGCGGGAGGGGGGGAAGGGGGAGGAGGCAGCUCGGAGCGGGAAGCUGCUGCCGGUCCCGGAGCCCUCAGUCCCGGCAGCGCCUGGCGGCAGCAGGAGAGCACCGGGCACAGGCUUCGCGAUGCAGGAGCCCAACGGGACGGUGGCAGCCGAGGGCUGGCAGCGGAGCCUGAGUGCCCUGCUCGGUGCCCUCAACCGCACCCUGCAGGGGGGCAGCCUCUGCCCUGCGGUGCCCAGCGGGGCCGGGCCGGGCCGUGCCCGCGAUGCCAACGCCUUCCUCUACAUCCUCUUCGUCAUGACUCUGUUCGCGGGCACCGUGGGCAGCCUGGUGCUGGGCUACACCCGGGCACGGCGCCAGGAGCGCUGCCAGGAGCCCUGCCCGCUCUACGCCAAGGGCAGGGCAGCCGCCGUGCUCUGAGCGGGCACUGCCACCCUGCCACAGCCACAGCUGCUGUGCUCUGAGUGGGCACUGCCACCCUGCCACAGCCACAGCUGCCCUCUGAGCGGGCACAGCCUCCCUGCCAC